CGCAGUCUUACAUUAUCAGAGAAUGAGUUACUUCGCAACGAGUUCAACCUUUCCAAAAAUUACCCCUUGACAGAUUUGAUACCACCAGCUGAACUACCCAAUUUGAUCAAUCUUAAUCAGUUUCUUGCUUUGGAUAUUGCUUCAGAACUAUUCAAUUCCAGAUAUGCUUAUUUAUACUUACAAUCCAUUUUAGAAUCACCCAUCACUACCAAUUCAAUAGAAGUAAUCCAUCAUGUUAUACGGUCCUGCGACCAAGCACCCAACGGCCUUAAAAAGGAUAGGCAGGUUAAACAGGUCACGCGAUUCAUUCACUCCUUAUUAGAGAAAAAUAUUAUACCAUUAUCAGAAUACAUGAUUGAGAUACAGGCAUUUUGCGUUACUUAUAUGAAAGUUGGAGGUGUUGCGAAUCUGUUUCAGUCAAUAUCUGCGCAUAAUCAUUACAACCGACAGAUGAUGUUGAUGAAUCAGUUCAAUAGCAAUGUUUCUUCUACCGCGUCUUCAUCUUCCACGCCAUUGUACUUCUAG